CUCGGUGCGAGACUCAGGCUGGGUGCACGGUGCCUGCUUUAUUGCGACUCAUGCAAGGACAUCGAGAACGCACGUUGAGUCGAUCAGCCACUGAGUCACGAAGUUUAAAUUUGUCCUGGCUAAUGAUCACUGCAUGCCUGUAUUAGAUAGUGUUGCUUAUUUCAUGUUUACCUGUGACUACAGGAGUUGUGUGAUGACGAGUUGCACUUAAGCACAAGAGUUAACGCAGGUUAUCUCUAAACCAUGAUAGAGCCGACAGCUCAUCUACUCAGUCCAGUCAUCACCAUGCAUGUAGUCACGGGUCACCACGCUUGUAAAAAACCGGUCCUUCCCGUGAUACAGCGCAACACCGUCACGCCACGGCUUAGCGAUAAAUACACGGCCAUAAUAUGGAGGUCGCCUGGAAGCACUCAGGCUGUUGGUGACACGACACCCAUGGCCAAACUUGUAAUUUGGAUUUUCUGUCGUUCAUUUCUAGGGUGGUCGUCGUGUAAGUUUCACCUAAAUACAGGGAUAAGUGGACGUCAAGAACUAGCCAGCUCACCUGGGUGAAACCACGUGCGGUCACACAGGUCCACUCAACUGACUACCGCGUGUUCUGCACUUCAAUUCUCAGACUCGCUCUACAUUAACACAGAAUGGUAGAAAAUCUGAGAGGAAAAGUAUUAACGGUUCUUGGACCCAUUGAUCCGGCGGAUUUGGGGUGCAUACUCAGCCAUGAGCACUUGCAUGCCGACUUUGGUUGUUUCUACUCCGAGCCAAUCACAGAGGAGGGGCGGGAAAUAUGCAGAUUACCAAUCACCAUGGAGAACCUGUACUGGUUGCGCAGUAAUCCUUACAGUUGGAAGGAAAACCUUUUUCUCAAGAACGAAGAUGAGGCUCUUAUCAAGGAGCUCCUUUACCUGAAGAAGAAUGGCUGCCAGUCCCUGGUAGAGUUGACAACGCUUGGGCUCGACCGUAAUGUCGGUAAACUGGUCGAGUUCUCCACCGCUACCGGGGUGAAUGUCAUUGCUGGGACAGGCUACUACACGUCAAGCACACACCCGCCAGAAAUGGACAGGAUGUCACAGGAAGACGUUGAAAAGGUCAUGACCACUGACAUAAUGCAAGGGGCUGACGGUAGCACAGGUCGGUGUGGAGUCAUCGGCGAGAUAGGGUGUUCCUGGCCCUUGAGAGACAACGAGCGGAAGAUUCUUCGCGCCACGGCCAGCGUGCAGUCGAAACUAGGCUGUCCGGUGUCCAUCCACCCAGGCCUGGAUCCCAGAUCACCCGAGGAGGCAGUGCGAGUACUCCAGGAGACCGGGGCGCAGGUCGACAAGAUUGUCAUGGACCAUCUUGACAGGUGCUUCUUCACCAAAGAGUCUCUACUGGAAUUUACCGAGCUCGGCACGCUUCUGGAGUUCGAUUUCUUCGGCACGGAGGUAGCGCACUGCCAGUUCUACCCCGAGAUCGAUUUUAUGAACGACGGGCAGAGGAUCCAGAUGAUCAAAAGCCUGGUGGAGGAAGGGAUGGAGGACAGGGUGGUCAUAUCCCAUGACUUCCACGCCAAACAUCAGAUGAUGAAGUACGGCGGGCACGGUCUGUCACAUAUCAAUCUCCAUGUCCUGCCAAAGAUGCGAGUAAGAGGACUGUCGCAGUCUGUCAUCGAUAAGUUUGUAACGACCAACCCACAGAGGUGGCUAGCGUUCAAGUAGAGUGAUCAUUACCCGAAUGAGGUUGUGUCGCAGGUACCUCCCCUCCCUGGAGCCUGCCUAUAUUACCAGAUUUAACAUCAACUCGUGGUUUUUGAAAAUCGGCGUCAUGAUUGCUGAAUUGUAAGGAUCGUUCACAUGAAACAAGUAGGCCUAUCCGUACAACUUCUUGUGGUAUCAAGUUAAUUUUAACCUUAAAUAUUCAAACGGGGGGAUUUGACCCAACAAUAUAAUCCCCGUGGAAAGUUUGCUAAGCCGCUGUAAACAUUAUCUUUUUCAUAACUUUGUUUUUCUUUGAAGUUCUGCACAACUUUAGAUCAGUCAAACAAAAAUUGGACAGCGUUUUCAUGUUACGUGGCAAUUAAGGACCAAAGGUCACCCGAAAGCCAGAAACAACCAGAAAUACAAAGCAACAUGCAACUUGUCUCCUGAAGAACGCUGCAGCGAGAUUGUGUAACAAAUUUUGAUAUACAUUGUACAUGCAUUCCGACAACUAUAAGGUUUGCCUUUGGCAUGGUCAUGUACAUAUAUAUACGUUCAGUUGAAUGUUCUCCUGUUACAUUAUUUACUGUAUUACUUAUAUUAAUGUUCAAUCUUUGAAAUCUGAAUUAAAAAGGUGGGAAGGUAUGUAAUCCGAUUUGGCGUGCUGUGGUGAUUCAAAUACUA